UACACAGUAUCACACAUGAAUCCUUCUUCUUCUUGAUUAUCUCACUUAUUCUCUAAAACCUCUCUGUUCACACCUCCCCAAAGAACCAUGAGAUUUCAUACAACAGGCUUCGAAUUUUCAAUCUCCACCAAAACCUCUCUUCUCUACUCUAAUCAGUUCUCCUUCCAUGGAGAAAUCUCUAAAAUCAGCACCAAAAUCAAUCUCUCAACAAAAAAUGGAGCAAGUAGCAGAAGAAGACAUCAAAGCUUCAGAGUUCUACAAAGACCUACUCAAGCUGCUGUUGAAAUUGAACAAAGUGAGGUAGAAGUAGCUGAAGGGUAUACAAUUACUCAAUUCUGUGAUAAAAUUAUUGAUGUGUUCUUAAAUGAGAAGCCACAGACAAAAGAUUGGAGGAAGUUAUUGGUGUUUAAAGAGGAAUGGAAAAAGUAUAGCGAGAAAUUCUACAAGCAAUGUAAAGCGCGAGCGGAUGCGGAGAACGAUAAUGGUAUGAAACAGAAGUUGGUUCUGUUAGGGAGGAAAGUGAAGAAGAUUGAUGAUGAGAUAGAAAGACAUAGCGAGCUACUCAAAGAGAUAGAGCAGAGCCCAACUGAUAUCAAUGCAGUUGUGGCUAAGCAGCGUAAGGAUUUCAAUGAGGAGUUUUUCCGCCAUCUUAGUCUACUGUCGGAGACUUACGAUAGCUUGGAUGACCGCGAUGCAAUAUCCAGGCUUGGAGCUAGAUGCCUCUCUGCAAUCUGUGUGUAUGAUAACACGGUUGAAAAUGUGGAGACGCUAGAUGCUGCUCAAGCUAAAUUUGAUGAUAUACUCAAUUCUCCCUCACUAGAAGCGGCAUGUGAGAAGAUCAAGAGUCUAGGAAAGGCGAAAGAGCUUGAUUCCUCGUUGAUCUUGUUGAUUAACAGUGCUUGGGGUGCAGCAAAAGAAUCCACAACCAUGAAGAAUGAGGUCAAAGACAUAAUGUAUCACCUAUAUAAAGCCACAAAAAGCAGCCUUAGGAGCAUUGCACCGAAGGAGAUAAAGCUACUCAAACAUCUGUUAAAUAUCACAGAUCCAGAAGAAAGGUUCUCAGCAUUGGCUACUGCCUUCUCUCCAGGAGAUGAAAAAGUAGCCAAGGACCCCAACGCCCUGUACACUACGCCAAAGGAGCUGUACAAAUGGAUCAAGAUCAUGCUCGACGCGUACCAUCUGAACAAAGAAGAAUCUGAAAUCAGGGAAGCAAGGCAACUGACUCUACCGAUUGUGAUGCAAAGGCUUUUCAUACUGAAGGAAACAAUAGAAGAAGAGUAUUUGCAACAAAAUACUGCGGCAGAAGAUUCCACACCGAAAGAACUAUGAGGUGCUGGUCUUUUAUCUCAUUCUUCGAACAUGAAAGUAGCAUGCAGAGUUCUACUGGAGUACGAUUUUACUCGGUAGUAAAGUAUGACUCUAUAAGGUGAAGUUCAUCAACGAAACACACCCACAAAAGCACUGUUGUUGUAAGGUGAAAGAAGGCCUGCAGUCAUCGAUCCAGCUGUUUUAUCACGCAGUCAGGUUAAUAUUUGUAAGCUUGACUGCUAGUAACAGAACAGUAAGCUUGUCAGAAGGUAAUCUUCUCUCAAAAGGGUACUCAGUUUUGCCAAAAAAACAGGCAACAUUGGUAACGGAAAGAACUGUCGACGAGGUAGCUGUCCAUGAAGAGUGAAAAAUUGGGACAAUGUGAAUUCAAAUCGUUCAUGACUUAAAAAUGGUUCACAUGGAUGUUGUUGCAGAGACACUUUUCUAUGCUAUGAACUGUGCACUUGUAUAUUGAUAUAACUCGAGGCUUGACUCGAUUAACUUGAAUCAGUUUUGUACUUAUAAUCCUCCAUAUGGCCUUGUUUGGUUUACUAAAA